AUGGCAUACACUUCCCAGAGCAAGGUGCUGAAUAUUGUAAUUGGCAAUUCUGGACAUCUCUCUAUCCGAGCACUUCGUCAAGCGCUACGCUUCAUCCAUGAUACCCACUGUCCAACCUCUCCUCCCUCUCCUCCUGCAUCAUCCACAAUACCCGCCGUCCAACCUCUCCUCCACACAACGAACGAACUACUGGUUACCUCUAAGACCACCACCACUGGAAUCUUGCAUGUUGAGUAUCGUGUAGUUCUUCAACUCCUUCUGCGUGCUGUCAUUCACUGGACAGUCUUCGAAGCUAAUUGUUCCCUCUACCAGGUCGUCCUGUGUCAAUCGCUGAGGGCAACUUCAAUACGCUUCUUCCAAAUUGAUUUACCCCGUCCACUCUAUGGGAAGGGGCUCCAGCGGAGUAUCAGUUCCCGUGCUGCUGAUGGUUCAAACAACAACCCUGAUGCUCCCGACCUCGGCAAAGCUGGUACACCUUAUGCACGGUCUGUCCAGCAGUCAAACCCCAUUACCGUGCAACCAAAUGCCCUGAUGCCAGUCUCGUCUUUGACACCCUGCUCCUGCAGAGACAAGUUUAUCGAGCAUCCCCAGGGCCUGUCCUCCCUCAUGUUCUCCUUUGCAGCACUCGUCAUCCACAGUGCAACUUUCCACAACACACUCAAGACCAUCGGAGAUGAGACUCCUCGCUUGCUUAUACGCACACUUGAAGCAGUAGUACAAGCUUUGUACGAUGACGCAGCUACACUGCUUCUCACAAUGCAGCGAAUUCAUCAUCUUACCUGCAGAGCCUCACGGCAAGAUUGUGACUUGCAGUGCGAGUACCUAGACGUGAUCUCCGUCUCUCUCAAGUCAAAUCUCCAAUUCCUCAUGCAAACCCUUGAUACACUGCUUUCCCUCAGCCACAAUCAAGUAGACAUGGCACAAGGGGAAUAUACAGGUGCAAUAGAGUGGCGCAUGUCACGGUUAAGCAUCAUUGACAGCAACUUUGACGCCCAUCCCAUGUUGGUCCUUGACCCCACAGAUCCAGAGAGCGAAGACAUUGUUGAUAUUGAAGUUGCUUUGGGUGCGUCUUUAUAG